UAUUGUGCUGUAAAUUAACUUGUGAAUGUAUUGGCAAUGCAGGUGGCCUGACGUCGCAGAGAGUGCUGCCUUGCAGGAGCAGUUCUUUGACGUAGCCGGGUUCCCUUGUGUCGUGGGUGCUGUUGAUGGCACCCACAUUCGAAUCCAGGGACCGCGCGUGCACGAGGAGGUGUACGUGAACCGCCACCUGUACCAUUCCAUCAACGUACAGGUGGUAGUUGACGCGUCCUGCCGCAUACGCAAUGUGGUUGCGAGAUGGCCGGGAAGCACGCACGACUCCCGGAUUUUCACCGAGAGCACACUAUCAGUCAAGCUGGCCGAUGGCAUCUACGAUGGCCUAUUGCUCGGCGACAGCGGCUACACCUGCCAGCCGUGGCUGAUGACGCCAUUCCUGUCGCCAUCAUCAGCAGCAGAAGUGAGGUACAACACGGCACACACCACGACAAGGAGUAUUGUUGAAAGGACAAUAGGCCAGCUGAAGCGCAGGUUCCACUGCCUGCACGCCGAGCUGCGCAUCGAGCCAAGCAGAUGCUGCGACAUCAUCGUGAUACCCCUGCGCGAUGCCAGGGACUGCCAUCCCACCUGA